CGAUACUAUUCCCUUUAUUUUCUGAUAUAUUCCCUUUUUCUUUUCUUUCUCAAGCUGCUGUAAUAUUGCUUACCUAGCUAGCUAGGUAGGGACAUCUCUCUCUCUUUCUAUCUAUCUAUGGAGCUUGGAGACACUACCACAGUGAUGGAAACGUCGUCCGGUGAGGCUGUGGCGGCGCAUGGCGGUGGCGAGGUGAUUAUGAUGGAUGCGAAUUCCGGUGAAGAAGAGAAUAAUAAUCAUAAUAAUAAAGGAAAAUUAGAAGAGGGUGGUGGAGAAGAAGAAGAAGGUGACAAUAAGAUCAACAACUCAUGCGGUGGAAACAGAUGGCCCCGCCAAGAAACUUUGGCUCUCUUGAAGAUAAGGUCCGAUAUGGAUGUUGUGUUUCGAGAUUCAAGUCUUAAGGGUCCACUUUGGGAAGAAGUUGCAAGGAAACUAUCAGAACUGGGUUACCACCGAAGCGCUAAGAAGUGCAAGGAGAAAUUCGAGAAUGUGUACAAGUACCACAAAAGAACCAAAGAGGGCAGAAGUGGGAAACACGAGGGAAAAACCUACAAAUUUUUUGAUCAAUUACAAGCUCUUGAGAAUCAAUUCACAGUCUCUUCUUACUCGCCAAAACCACAACCCACUUUGGCAACAGCAACAACAACAACAAACACAAUAACAUUACCACCCCCAACCAGGCCAAGUGCCAUAACACCAAUCUCUUAUGUCACCACCACUGUUCCGUCCACAAACCCUACAAUCAUAUCUCCUUCACCACCACAACCACCAACCAAUGCCACCACGACAACCACAAUCACUUCUCCAACAGUAGUAACCAACCCUAGAAACCCUCCACAACCCAACAACAACAACAACAGCAAUAACAUCCCUUACUCUUUGCCCAACAUGAACAACCUCUUCUCAACAACUUCAACUUCUUCUUCCACGGCCUCGGAUGAGGACUUGGAAGAGAAGUACCGUAAGAAGAGAAAGUGGAAGGACUACUUCAGGAGGCUCACGAGGCAAGUCUUGGCCAAGCAAGAGGAAAUGCAGAAGAGGUUCCUGGAAGCCAUUGACAAUAGGGAGAGAGAACAAGUGGCUCAACAAGAGGCUUGGAGGAUCCAAGAAAUGGCAAGGAUCAAUAGAGAACACGAACUUCUUGUCCAAGAAAGAUCAACUGCCGCAGCCAAAAAUGCUGCAGUUAUUGCUUUUUUGCAACAGUUAUCUGGUCAGCACCAAAAUUCCACAACACAAGCCAAUUUCCCUCAACAACCACCUCCACAAAAAGUUACAAUAGUACAACCACCACCACAACAAGCUCCACAACCACAAGCUCCAUUGGUGUUGUCAAAUAGUGACAACAUGGAGAUUCAGAAAAUGAAUAAUGGUCACAGUGUUGUUACUGCUACUGUUACUGCUACUGCUACUCCUACUCCUACUACUACUUUCGUUGCUGCUGCUACUGCUAUUACUACUACUCCUUCUUCAUUGAGUUCUUUAUCUUCUUCUAGGUGGCCAAAGACAGAAGUUCAUGCUUUGAUAAGACUGAGGACAAGUCUUGAAACCAAGUACCAAGAAAAUGGACCAAAGGCUCCAUUGUGGGAGGAUAUAUCAGCAGGAAUGCUGAGGCUCGGGUACAACAGGAGUGCCAAGAGAUGCAAAGAGAAAUGGGAGAACAUCAACAAGUACUUCAAGAAGGUCAAGGAGAGCAACAAGCAAAGGCGCGAGGAUAGUAAGACAUGUCCCUAUUUUAAUGAACUUGAAGCUUUAUACAAAGAAAAGAGCAAGACUCAGAACCCCUUUGGCGCUUCGUUCCACAACAUGAAGCCACAUGAGAUGAUGGAGCCAUUGAUGGUGCAACCCGAGCAGCAAUGGAGACCUCCCUCUCAGUACGAACAAGGUGCAGCGAAGGAGAACAAUAAUAAUGAAAGAAAAGAAAGAGAGGAGGAGGAAGAAGAUGAAGAAGAAGAAGAAGAAGAAGAAGAGGAUGAAAAUGAAGAGGGAGAUCUAGAGAGUGUGGAAGAUGAAGGAGGUAACCGUUAUGAGAUUGCGACAAAUAAACUUUCUUCAGUGGACACCGUUGAAUGAGACAAGAUAAGGAAGUUUCUGAUUGGAUGGAGAGUUUUAAUUUUAAUUUUAAUUUUAAUUUUAAUUUUAAUAUAUAUUUUUUUCUUCUUCUGGGGGAUGGAUUUUUAAUUAUUAUGUAAGUUGAUUUUAAUUUUUCCAAAAUUGGGGUUAGGAGAUGUCACUGAAAGGGCAUGAUGAUGGCACAAACACCGGCACUAUAAAAUUCAAUUCUUUAAUAAUGAAUGACCCAUCUAAAAGCAUGGUGGUGCAGAAGCAGAAGCAGAAGCAGAAGCACAAGGUACCUAUCUGACACACUUUCUGAUCAUGGGCCAGCUUAAAAGCAGAUCAUUGGAGCUGUGGGUCACAUUCCGGCCGCCAUGAACUGGGAUCAGAGAUCGUUAAUUAACACUAAGAAACAACAGUUCACAUGGGCCAGCAAAGCAGAAGCAUAGCUAUAGUGGGUGUACAUGUUUUUGCGCUCAUAAAUUUAUGUGUAAAGUGUAAAUUGAAGAUGAGAGAGAGAGAGAGAGAAAAAAAGAAUACGAGGUCCCAUAGCAGUUUAAUGAAAUGAAAUAAAAUAAAAAAGUCACAUGCAUGAUGCAACUCUUGUAAUUUUCCUUUACUUUCAUUAUAUAUCACGGAACCACUGUGUGGUACUGCUUUCAAUUUCUUCUUUCAAGUUUUAAUUAGUUGUGUGAGAUUGUU